AUGUUUCCCCUCCGUCAGUCGGGAGAGUCGACUGAAACGCAACGCGCCGAUCCCGAAGUCAAUCAUCCUACCAGCAAAAAGAAAGAGAUACUAUAUAAAUUUUUGCUUGACAAAGUUCCGAAGCUUCUCAAUGACUCUCAAAGAAAAACCUCGGUGCAAGAUCGGGUGGUCAAGAGGACACCUAGAGAUCCCAAUAAGGACGUUGAGGUCGACAAGGGUCUCGAAGGGAUGCUUGAUGAAGUCGCCGAUGGUUUAAUUGGCGAUAAUCAGAGUUGGGUAGUCCGUUCGGCUCUUCAUUUGGUGUUAAAACACAUCAGCAAGAUUGACCGAGAGAUUGAUGAUGAGAUCUCCAAUGAGAAAAGUAUGGAUGGACCAAGUGUCUCUUCAAGCGUAGAGAAGAGUCUGCUUGAAUUAAGCAGAGAUGUUGCCGAACUGCGCGCCAAGAUCGAUAAUCUUACGGCGUAUCACAAGACUGGAAAGUGGCCUGACAACUGA